UUCGAUGAUGUACUGAUCGCCGGGCCCACACCAGAGGAAUUUGAGGACCGCCUCCGCUCCGUCCUGCACCGUUUCCAGACGGCGGGCCUCAAGGUGAAGCGGGAAAAGUGUUUACUGGGAGUGCCGCAGGUGGACUUUCUGGGAUUUAAGGUGGACGCAGAAGGGGUCCAUCCAACCGGUGACAAGGUACGGGCCAUUUGUGAGGCCCCAGCGCCCAAGAGCAAGCCCGAACUUCAGUCAUUCUUGGGACUAUUGAACUUUUACCAUGCCUUUCUUCCGCAUAAGGCAGCGGUAGCGGAGCCCCUACACAGACUCCUAGAUAAAAGGGCCCCUUGGGUGUGGGGCCAGCGACAAAGGGCCGCAUUCCAGGCAGUCAAGGACUUGCUCGUCUCGAACUCGGUCUUGGCACACUUCGACGAGAGGCUGCCAGUGGUGCUGGCAUGCGACGCCUCUCCCUAUGGCAUCGGCGCUGUCCUGGGACACCAACUCCCGGAUGGAAGAGAGGUGCCGGUGGCAUACUUCUCCCAGACGCUUGCUGCAGCCGAACGAAACUACUCACAGAUUGACAAGGAGGGUCUGGCAAUCGUGAAGGGCGUAAAAAAAUUCCAUGAUUUCUUGUACGGGCGGCCCUUUACCAUAGUGACUGACCACAAGCCGUUGCUUGGCCUGUUUGCCCCCGAGAAGCAGACCCCCCAAGUGUUGUCUCCACGUGUCCUCAGGUGGUCAAUUUUCCUUGCCGGCUACCAGUAUGCACUAAUCCACCGCCCUGGGAAGGCGAUGGGCCACGCAGACGCCCUCAGCAGGCUACCACUACCAGAAACAGGCCCCGACCCAGCGCCUGCGCAAGAGGUUAUGACCCUGGAGCUGCUUCCCGACCGACCCAUUCAGGCACAAGAAGUUGCGCACCAUUCCACAAAAGAUAAGGUCAUCUCCCGGGUCCUGGACUGGGUGUGGCGAGGAUGGCCCAGCAGCAGCCCCGGGCCAGAAUUCGCUGGCUACACAAACCGCAAACAUGAACUGUCGGCCCACAAGGGGUGCCUGUUAUGGGGAAGCAGGGUUGUUGUUCCCCAGCCCCUCCGCAAAAGGGUCCUCACAGCCCUACACGAGACACACCCAGGGGUAGUGAGGAUGAAGGCCCUUGCCAGGAGUUAUGUGUGGUGGCCGGGGAUUGACAGAGAGAUAGAGGCCUGGGUCCAACACUGCCAGACCUGCCAAGAAUCCCGCCCGGAUCCCCCAAGGGCCCCAGUCCAGCCCUGGGAGUCCGCCCGACAUCCAUGGUCACGCUUGCACGUGGACUUCGCUGGCCCCUUCCAGGGAAAAACAUUCUUCAUAGUGGUGGAUUCCUACACCAAAUGGCUGGAGGUCGCACUGGUACCGUCCACUUCUACGGCGGCAGCCAUCCGGGUACUACGUAAGCUUUUUGCAACCCACGGGCUCCCUGACACCCUCGUCUCGGACAAUGGAACCGCAUUCACGUCAGAGGAGUUCCAGACCUUCACAGCGCAGAACGCCAUCCGCCACAUCCGCUCAGCACCAUUCCACCCUGCCACCAAUGGCCAAGCGGAGCGCAUGGUGCGGACCACCAAGGACAGCCUCCGCCGCAUGACACAAGGGGACUGGGAAUACCGCCUUGCCGCAUUUCUUCUAGCACAGCACAGCACCCCAAGCACAACGACGGGCCGGAGCCCAGCUGAACUACUAAUGGGCCGGCGCCUUGCAACUAGACUGGACCGACUUCACCCCGACAGAGCUCAGGAUGAGGUAGUGGUGGGGAAAGGCAGGAACCCCCGGACAUUUGUGGCCCAGGACGCAGUGUACGCAAAGAAUUUUGGGGCAGGCCCAGCAUGGGUACCCGCCACAGUCACCAAGGUGACCGGUCCCGUGUCGUACGAGGUACUAACAGAAGGGGGGCAAUGUUGGCGCCGCCACUGCGACCAGCUACGGCGACGAUUCCCAGGAGGAACCCGGGAGGAGAGCGGGACAGAGGGGUCCCAAGGGGACAGCAGGGCAGUGAGGCCUGUAGAGCGAGAGGGGUGGGCAGGGGAAGCAGAAGCAGUAGGCACAGAGGGGCGCCCCGAGGCUGGAAGGACACCGGAACCAGAGCCACAACCUAGUGGUUCAGUGGCGCCAGACCAGACAGCCCCGGCACAGCCAGCAGCCUCGGAACACGAGCCAGAACCAGAACCCCUGACCAAGGAACACCCCAGGCCACAACGCACACGGAGGCGGCCAGCAGACCUUGGGGACUACGAAUGCAACUUCCCGGGCAGGACUGGAACUUAGAGGGGAGGGGUGUUAUGUACUGAGCUGAAUCCUAGAACAAUAGGAUUCAGAAACAGCGGGAGCUACCCAAUCCAACUCCAGGUGGAAGUGAAUCCGCAACCUGAUUGGCCUGCUGGAGCAGCCAAUCAGGCGGCUGGCAGAAGUGAAUCUGCUACCUGAUUGGCCUGUAGGAGCAGCCAAUCAGGCUGCAGGCAGAAGUCAAUCCACAAUAUAAUUGGCCCACAGGUGUAGCCCUGAAGUAGCCAAUCACGCAAGGCCCAUUGUGUAAAUAAUGUAUAUAAGCAGAUGGUUUUGGGAAAAGAGCCAUUCUUCUUCUCCUCUUCUCCUUGAUGACUAUGAGCUGAAUAAAGAGCAUGAAAUUCACUCUCGACUCCGAGUACAUUUCAUGAGGUAAAGAGUGAAGUGGAAACUAAGUGAGAUUGGACCCAUGCUGGCAUGUAAACAUGUUCUUCAUUUUGAUAUUUAUUAAAAGAAUCUAUUCAGCUACCCAAAGAGUUAUUAGCCUUUUUGGCUCUAAGCUACACCGCUACUUCACAUUUUUCAAUUAUCAAAUAACAAUUACGCUGUGUACUCCCAAAUUUCCUGAAAGGCUAGUCAUUUUGCAGAGACGCUUGAGAAGCUGAAUGUAAUUCUGAAUCUUUUGAAUGCAGUUGAAUCUGAAACCCUUUGGAAGGUUCCGGAUCUGCUGUGCAUGCUUCUGAAGCCACAGCAGGCAGGCAAGGUGGCUAAAAUUUCAGGUGCGCUUUGGGAGAAUGACACUUUGACACAAGGCAUUACUUGUUUCUUAAAACUGUCUCAAAGGGAGACCAAUUAUUAUUUUGAGACAACUUUACACAGCACCAGAAGUACAGUCUUCAAUGAGCUGGGUCAGAGAUAGUGUUA